AUGCGGGUUCACCCGACGCUGCUGCGGCGGGCGCUGACGCCCGGCGCCCUGCUGCACUCUCGAGGAUCGCCAAAAUUCGAACAAGUCACUCUCGGGAGUUACCCAGUGCCUCCUGAGCAGGAGUUGCUGUGGAAGAACCGCAUGAAGGCCUACGGAGGCUUCAUUCAGCAGACCAUUUCCCCCUUUCAGCUCAAGGUUUUGUGGCCUUUCUGGCACACUUUUCCCGCCAGGGCGUGGGCCAAGUUCAGCGCCUACUACUGGUGGUGGGUUUGGCCAGGCAUUGUGACUUACGGAAUUAUUAAAAAGAUGUUUCAUGACGCGGAAGAGGAGGUGCGAGACAAGUACUGGUGA